AUGGCAAAUUUAAAAUCCGAUUUGGAUGACUACUUGUUGCAAAACGAAAAUCGAAGAAGUUACAAAUUUGGAUUACCGUCAUUCUCAACGCCAAGUUUCUUCUCUCGAAGCAACGAUGAAACUCCUACUAGUACCAGUACCACGAGUACUUGGUUUCAGAGUGUACAAAAGGAAUAUUUUACUUUGAGUCGGACACAAAGAUUCUUGGGCUUCGGUAUUUGUUUGUUCCUUGGUAUAUUAUGCUUUAUUCUUUCAUUCCUAUAUAUACCACUACUAUUACUAAAAGCCAGAAAAUUUGCAUUACUAUUUACUCUAGGGAGCUUAUUCUUCAUUUUCAGUUUUAGCUUCCUUUAUGGACCAUGGUCUCACUUCAAGUCGUUAUUCUCCAAGGAGAAAGCUCUGACAACUUCUUUAUAUAGCUUUACACUGAUAGCAACCCUUUAUUGUGCUUUGCACUUACAAAGCACUCCGCUGACAAUAGUUUGUGCAGUGGGACAAGUCCUAGCACUCUUGUGGAUGAUGAUGGGCUCAAUACCCGGUGGCUCUUCAGGAAUGAGGUUCUUUGGAAACGAGGCUCUGACGUGCAACGUGUGCGACCGCUCCUUCUCCACCCGACGUCAACUCAGUGACCACCAACAGAAGAAGCGGCACUUUGGGUGCAGUUCCUGUGACAGUCUGUUCCCUUCAUUAAUGGCGCUGGAACACCACAAAGAGGAGUUCCAGCACUGGAGUGACUCCUCAUACUGCUCGCACUCGGACAGUGAAGACAGUGACGAGUGCCACGAGGACCGCCACCGGUUACUCUAA